CUUAAUCCUCGUGAUUUCUUCGUGGACGUUUUCAGUCUCUCUCUCUCUCUCUCUCUCUCUCGUCCUCCUCCUUCCUCGGACACAGCCCGAUAAAUGCCCUUCACCUUCCUCCCAUCUGCAUCUUCAUCUGAUUCACGUUCUUCUUAUCUUCUCUCUGCUUUCACUUCUCUUUUGUCAAACCCCUAACCAGUAAUCUUUGAUGGGGUACUUCUCUUGUAGAGCUGAAUCUGCUGUUUCAACUUCCAAUUCUGCGCUCCCAUCUUCCUCCUCUAAACCCUCUUCCUCAGCUCAAAAACCUGAGAAACCUGUCAUGAUCCAACAUUUCGACUACAGUGACCUCGAAGCCGCCACUAAUGGCUUCUCCGACCGAAAGCUCUUAGGCAAAGGUAGCCAUGGCUAUGUCUACAAGGCCGUUCUUCGUGGCCGUCCCGUCGCCGUCAAGAGGCCAUCAAGAGCUCACGGUGCUAUUCUUCGACGACCCAGUCUGUUGUCUUCUUCGUCGGCGCCGGAGAUCACGAACGAGGUGGAUAACGAGAUCGACAUCUUGUCGAAAAUUCAGAGCCCCAGAUUGGUCAAUUUGGUGGGUUUCACGAACGAUUCGAAAGAUAGGCUUCUGGUUGUGGAGUUCAUGAGUAAUGGAACCCUCUACGAUGUUCUUCAUUCUUCUGCACGACCACCCAAUUGGGGUCGGAGAAUUCGGUUGGCUCUGCAAACUGCAAAGGCUAUCGAUACCCUCCAUUCCUCAACCCCACCUGUAAUUCACCGAGACAUCAAAUCUGCAAAUAUUCUUAUAGAUCGAAACUACAAUGCUCGAUUGGGAGAUUUUGGGUUAGCCCUGCGAGGCCAUGAAGAUGAUUACAGACUCAGGUCUACUCCUCCAGCAGGUACUAUGGGGUAUCUUGAUCCUUGCUAUGUUACCCCAGAUAACUUGAGUACAAAAACUGAUGUGUUUAGUUUUGGUAUUUUGCUGUUAGAGAUAAUUAGCGGUAGAAAAGCCAUUGAUAUUACAUAUUCACCACCUUCCAUUGUGGAUUGGGCCAUUCCUCUCAUAAAGAAAGGAAAGUUAUUGGCUGUUUAUGAUCCGAGGAUAUCACCUCCUAAGGAUCCAGUUGUCAGGAAGCAACUGGCUGUAAUUGCUGCAAAAUGUGUGAGGUCUUGCAGAGAAAGAAGGCCUUCAAUGAAGGAGAUAGUUGCUUGGAUUACUGGGUUGUGUAAACUGGUACCUCUUCAUUCUUGGAAUGGUUUUAACAAUCCUUGUAUGAUGAUUGAGACUGUGGGACGCCCAAUUGAAGCCAGAAAUGCCCAUAUGGGUCCAAGACAAGAAGAAGGUUUAGAAGGUGGAAAUUUUGAAGCUUUAGAUGCUAGAUUGUCUAAAUCUGCGAAUAGAUAUUCAAGGAGAGUGUAUUCUGAUCUGGGGUUCAGAAGCAACUUGAUGGAACUUAUGAAUAACCCUGAGGAACCAGAUAAAUCUGGUUAUCGAGUUUCUAGCUCAAGGUUUGGUAGUGGACGAUAUUUCACAAGAGGGAUCAAUCUUUACAGGGCUUGUGGUACAGAUAAAGAUGCUUUUGGUUUGAGUGAAGGCCAAAUUGUUGGUGAUGGGAGCUCAAAUUUGUGUCCAAAACAAGAAGAAAUGACCUCUUCAUUGUUCGUUUGGUAUGUUUUGGGGUUGAAGGGCACAUUGCUGAUGUCCCCUUGAAGCUGUUCUAUAAACUUUGUUAGAUGUUUUUGUUUCUUGGUUUUUUUCUUUUUCUUUUUGCCUUUUUUGAAUCCUCAAAAAGCCAACAACGAAAGGACACGUCUGAUUCCAGAACAAGCGCUGCUGAAUUGUAAAAUUCAUAUUUCUACUUGUUCAUGGAAUCUUCCAUUUGUAGCCCAAAAUUGAAGUAAAACUUCAAUAAAUAAAGGAUUUAUGUGUUCCUACUUA